AUCCUGCAGCCUCUGGCACUUCCGCAACUCGAGUUUGAGACGUUUCGUCAUCGUCGCCGUUCAUCUUGCCUGCUGGUGUUGUAAGCGUUAUCCAGCACCUUGUUACCUGCUCUUCAGCUUGCUGGACUCAAGCGUCGCUCAUCUUCCAUCAUGGCAUCUUUCGUUCUGUGCCUUUCCGCAACUUUGCUGUUCACUCAGUCUACAUUUGCUUCAAACUGCACCAAGAAACCAAUAUAUGUCGACAUCCACAAGCGGGCUGUACACGACUCAUCAGAAUUCCAAUAUGGAUCCUUCAUUGGACUGGGAACGCCAGCACAAAACCAGAGUCUUUGGCCAUCACUACAACAGAACCACAUCUCUUUCGCGUCAAGUAACUACUGCAAGAACGCGACCCUUGAGGAAUGUGCCACGAGUACGGGGGGAUUCUAUAACGACCGGGACUCCACUAGUUUUGUGAAAGACGACAACUUCAAAACCUUGGACGAUGACCAGGAGGGGUUCAUAGGAUUCUUCGGUCGAGAGACCUUACGACUAUACACACAUUACUUCGAGACGGACGGUGCAUCACAAACAUUGGUAGAGAACAGUACGAUCGAAGUCGCUGGAUCGGGGUCAAUCACACCUGGAAGAGUGGGCAUGGGGCUGUCUUCCACUCUCCUUCGGGACCUGGCUGCGCAAGACAUCAUUGCUGGGAAAACAUACUCGCUCUACAUCGGACAGGGAUUCAAGCGUGCCGGAGGCGCAGUCAACGGUAGCAAUGUCUUUGGGGGAUACGACUCAGGUCGCUUCACGGGAGAGACACACAAAUACGCCAUGAAAAUCGACAAUCCGAAUCCGAUGAGCGUCCGCAUCAAGGAUAUCGUCAUCACUAAUUCUGAAGAUAACGCAAACGUAUCACUGUUCGAUAACACGGUCUUCACUGACAUGAAGACACGGGCAGAGGACUUCGAUGCCCAGAUUACGACUGAACAGUUCCCAUUGUCUCUACCGUAUCAGAUCACCCAAAACUUCAUCAAACGACUGGGCGCCGAAAAGGAUAACACAUGGGGCGAUAAUUCUCUGAAGCUGAAGAACGCUUUCAAUGGUACAUUCUCGAUCGUCCUAGAAGAUGGCUUUACAGUCACGCUACCCUCUGAAGUUCUUAUGAAUGCUUCCAACAUAACGCCCAUCCAAGAUCGCGAAGAGUCAGCCGACACACCAUUCUACCUCGGGACCGCUUUCCUUGGCCAAGUCUACUUGAUGGCAGAUUACGAAACCAAUAACUUCUUCCUCGCUGAAGCCAUUCAAAAGAACAACAUGGUCAUGCCUGUUACCUUCUGCCCGAAAUCCACGCCCGUAGCCUAUGAACGUCCCAAGCAAUCCGCAUGGGAGAGCCAAGGUCUCAUUGGCGCGGUGAUUGGCGGUGUGAUAGGCGGUAUUGGCAUUAUCUGCGCAAGCUACUGCAUCUGGAUCACUUGGAUGCGCAAGAAGGAUGAACGCAACUUGAAGAGGGAGUUGAAAAGAAACUCGCAGAGGAAGAUGGAGCAGAUGGACAUUGAGGAGGCACAGCCCAAGUUUGAUCCGCCACCACGGACAGUAAAUGCGGCAAAAGCCAUGUUUUGGAGGAAGAACAAGCCGGGUUUGACGUUUUGAGCGGGUCGCGAGAGUUUCUUUCUUGGGGGUGUACAUCUUUAUACCCUGGGCUGGCAAUGUGCGGCUCGUUUGAUUCGUAUAGCAUCCUGCAAUAUUCACACUAGUUCGUGUUCACGUUCGUAUGAAAAUUGCUAUGAUCCGUGACGUUUGACAAUGAGUCCAUUGCCCAUAGGGGCAGUCUCGCUAUGCCAUUGAUCACCUGAGCUAUACCUGAAGGCUUCCGCUUGAAUCGCGGAUCGUGGCAGUCACCGUUCUUACAGGAUCCUUC